AACUGUGAAAGAGGCAGAGACCUACAGUAUCUGCUGCAGGAGGCGGAGAAAACGGCUAGAUAUCAGGGAGAAGGCUUGGACCAUGGAUGCAGGGGCAGCAUCGAGGUGGAGGGGGAAGGUGUAGGGUCCUGGGAGAAAGGGGCAGGAUGCAAGAAUAAGGAGAGGCUCUAUGUUGGGGCUUGGUGUGUAAGGGGGAAGAGUGUGGGGGCAGGAUCGGUGGCAAUGCUAGAGACUUUAGGGGGAGAAGAGUCCAGUUUGUGACGGACCGUCGGGAAAACAAUCGGGACUGCUGUGGGCAGGAUCAGUGUUAAAGACAAGGGGAUGAGGAGGGACAGGAAACAAUUUCGUGCCAGAUUGUAGCGGCAGGAUUCCGGGACAGGAGCUGCAGGGGCUAAGAUCUUUCCAUAUUCUUUUUUAUGCCUCACUGAUUAACUUCCUGCACGCAGCAGACGAGACACCCUCACAUUCCCUGCCUGUCACUCUACUUUCUCACUCCCCUUAAGUGUUGGGGGGUGGAUUCCUUGGUUUCAACACCCCUUCAGUGUAAAGGCCAGUUGUAAAGGGGAGGGGGAGUCCGUCCCCUCAUACCCCACUGUUCAGGUCGGGAGACGGUCCAGGGUGCUAAGAGACAAGAGGCCUCGUCCACCCCAAGGGCUAUGGAACGGGUAGAGGUGAUCAACAUCCAGCGCCUUCUGGAGGCAGCUGAAUAUCUGGAGCGCAGAGAGAGAGAGUGUGAACAUGGUUAUGCCUCAGCCUUCCCCACCAUGCCGGCCCUUGGACUGCAGGACCCAAAGCCACCGCAGAGGCUGAGCCGGGCGAGAAAACAUAGCAGUGGAGGUAGCAGUACGGGCACUGCUAACAGGUCUACACACAAUGAACUAGAAAAGAACCGGCGAGCUCACCUCCGGCUGUGUUUAGAACGCUUAAAAGUUCUGAUACCACUAGGACCCGAUUGCACCAGACACACGACUCUCGGGCUGCUUAACAAAGCCAAAGCACAUAUCAAGAAACUUGAAGAGGCCGACAGAAGAAGCCAGCAUCAGCUUGAGAACCUGGAAAGAGAGCAAAGGUUCUUAAAGCGGAGAUUGGAGCAGCUGCAGGGCUCUCAGGAGAUAGAGCGAAUACGAAUGGACAGCACUGGAUCAACCAUUUCUUCAGAUCGCUCCGAUUCAGAGCGGGAAGAAAUUGAAGUGGAUGUAGAAAGCACAGAGUUCUCCCAUGGAGACGUUGAUGAUAUCAGCACAACCAGUACGAGUGACAUUGACGACCACAGCAGCUUGCAGAGUGUUGGGAGUGACGAGGGUUACUCCAGCGCUAGUGUCAAGCUCUCCUUCACUUCCUAGAGCAUGGUGCUAGGGCAGAGCAGAUUAUUUCUUUGGGGCAAUUGAAGUUCAUGCGGCAGGGCUCUUAGAUACAGUAUUUUUCUUCUCCAAACCACACAUCAGUAGCUAAGCUUGAACAGGCGCAACUCUAGAAUAGCUCCAUGGGUCUACAGGAGGGUGGGAACCUAACAGGGAAACCAGUUGGUCUCCAUACUGUCAUAGUCCAAAAUCCUGACUUAGCACUGAACUCGUAGCUAUUUUGAAGUCUGAGACAGCACUCCUGUUGUCCACAGCUGGAUUGAAUCUUGCCCAUGUAUAAGCAGAUGGCUUUGCUCAAAGAAUAUUUGAUUGGAUGGGGAAUUGUGGUUAUUCAGGCCCCAGUUCUUCUUUCUUAAUUUGUCACAUCCCCUGAGAAAUGACCAUUUCCCCCUCCUCUUGUACCCAGACUUAACACACUGUUCAGAUGUUAAGACCCUUUGUGGUGCUAAUAUUUAAAAAGUUUGUCCAAUAUAUCGUAAUAAUCUAGCAUUCAUGGAAUAUCCAUGUGCUAGUCCUUGAUUUUGGGACAAAGUAGCCAAGGUAAUACAGUUUAUUGGAUCAACUUCUCCCAAUGAAUUUGCACAACAUUCUGAAACUACAAUGCUCCUUUUUCAGGUUUUCUUAAAAUUCCAGCACUCAGUUUAAGCAAUUUUUGUUUGUUUGUUAACCUGAACUAGAGAACUAAGACGUUGGGCAGCUUUUGUGUACUCACCAGCAGAAGCUAGUCCAAUCAAUGCCUUCUACCCAUUGGGUUUCUCCAGCCAGCUUUGAUCAUUAUUACCUUAAAAUAACAAUAAUAGUGAGAAUCACUGCUUAUGCCCUGUGAAAGAGAAGUGCUGCAAAUCUGGAAGCAAUUCCCAUUCAGCUCAACUUUCCACCGGACAUUGUUUCAAGGCAAAAGCUUGUGCCGCAUGAAUUAGCACUAGGGUAUUGAGCUGUAACCUACCAGCACACAGUGCAACCACUCUCUGGAUUCAGUGACUACAGCAGCAACUCCUUGUAUAGAGUGGUGCUCCCAACACAGAGAGCCAGACAGACAAGCUUGUAAAAGAAAUGAUGUGCAGGAAAGGCACAGCCUCUGUUCUGAGCCACAAUGACCAUUUUCUUUUGCAAAAUUAUUUUCAUAAAUGUUUGUAAAAGUGUUAAGGUGAGAGAACCUACAUGCGACAAUGUCUUUUUUAGAACUCCUAGGCAUGAUUCUGCAAAUGUCUUUUAUAAUUGACACCAAUGGAAAGGGACCUGUUUUUCUGCUGCCAUGCACAAAAGGAACAGGAACCCUCCUCUGGUUUUAUGGCUCUUCCUUUGGUUUCCUUUUUGGAGUCCCAUUGCAAACUUUGCCACCCGGAUCCCUACUGUAGUCAUGGAUCCAUAGUUAACAUAGCACGUGUCUCAUUUUAACAGUCUGCCAGCAUGGUUCUCCAGGGGAAACCUCCAAUUCCCCCCAUGUGGAGGAACUGCUGCUGUUAAUCAGAUGAUAUUGUAUCCAAUGUUUUAUCAUUUUUCUUUUGAGAUGAGCUUUCUAACCUGCACUUUGAGGUCUUUUUUGCUUUUCUUUAAGCUUUUUAACCACAAGAAUUAUUAUUGUUUCUUUACCAAGUUUAAUACUUUACUUUUUUUAGAGACCUCAUCUAUGACACUUGUUUGAAACUUCGUUCACCCUUAAGUAAUUUGCCUACCCUUUAAUUACUAAGGAAAAAAAGAGAAAAAUAAGAAAAAAAUGCUUUCUAAAACUCAUAACUUAUUGCUGAUUAUAAUUACUGGGUUGUUAAUUUCAGUCCUGUAGAUUUAAUUUUAUUAUUUUUAGAUAGGGCUGAGCAACAAAAACAAAAAACAAAAUAAAAAACAAGGUAACCUCAUUUAGCAGUGCAGUGGAAUUGUGUUUAAAUGUUAGCAUAUGGUUCUGCUUAAUAGUAGCACUUUAACACCAUUAAAUAUUUCUGUAUCUGAAAUGCACUGUGUUUUGCCAUCUUGGUCACUCAUGAGACUUUAGAAUACCUAUGUUCUUUGUGCCUGGAAGGUUUGUUUUUUUUAAGCUAUUGGCCAUGUGAUUAGAUGACCCCAAAUGACUUCUCAUGUAGCUCUUGUCUCAAUACUGAUAUGUUGCGUGUGUGUUUUAAAUUUACGUAUGUUAUCCACUUACCCCAGAGCUAUUAUUGUGUCAUAUAAUACAAGACACAACUUUAGAACCUGUGUCAUGAAAUAGAAGCAUAAUCUCAACAGGGUUGUAGUGUGUUUAUGGCCAAGGAUCUCUUGAAAUGAUGGCCAGUUCUAAUUUUUCAGUCGGUUAAAGCCUGGAUCAAGUUGUUAUCCUUUAUACAUGGAUUUCCCCUAUGUGACUAUUUAACACUCUGGUUUAUUGCAUGUAGAAAUCUCUCCCUCUAGUGGCGGGAAUAAAAACCCAUUAGUUGUAGAUAAUGGGAGUAAAGCUUUCAGCUGUACGAAGAGGAACUACUCUUACAGAACUGAGGUCAGUUAAUUUGUCCCACUAAUCUGCAUAUGGGAAGCUAUUAUGUUUCAGCAGAACUUUAUGGGACUGUCAGAAUAACUGAUGAGAACUGAAAUGAUCAACUUCACAGUACUGAACUGUAUUGCUAGACACAGUCAGAGGUUUCACACAUCACAAAGCAGCUGACAUGGAACCUCUUUUGGCUGUCAUUAUGGAGUCAGUUCAGUUGUGGUCAGAGGUGCUCUUAUCCCUGGUCUUUGGGGCCGAGGUUCAUGGCCUCCACACCACCUGAGGCGCCCCCCCCCCAAUCCUCUUUAGUCUGUCCUGGAUGGCAUAGUUUGUGCCCUCAAGAACCUAUGUGUUAAAAAAUUAUGCUUAACUUGCAGGGUGGCGGGGCUCCAAAAUUUAGGUCCUAGGUGCACCUCUAGUUGUAGUAGAGCACAUGCUUUGUAUAUCAAAGGACUGGAGUUGGAAAAUGAAUCUUAACCAGAAGAGCUGGGGAAAGGCUUUGCCUGAAGACCUAAAGAGCUACUGGCACCUGGGUAGGGAUGUGCGCAAGCUGUUUGUGCGAGCAGGGCAGGUAGCAGUUUCCUUAAGGAGCAGGUAAGCAGAUCCUUACCUGGUCCACUGCUGCCCACUACUUUUCCAAGCAGGGUGCUUGCUUGAGCAGAGGCAGCACACAGCUAUGGUGCUGUUCCCUGCAGGCUGCACACAGCAUUGGCACGCACAUGACUGCCGCACGUGGAAAAGUGGUGGCGGAGCAGGUAAGGACCUGCUGCCCUGCUCCUUAAAGGAUCUGUUCUACACCAAACCAGCUCAUGCACAUCCCUACUCCUGGGGCACAAAGUAUUGGGCUAGGCUGACUACUGGUUAAGCUGUUUUCUUACAGAUAUUGUAUCAGAGCGUGGAAUAAGAAGUGACAACCUACACCAAAUUCCAUACAGUAUCAGUCCCUGCAGUGCAUAUGCAAAAUUACAUAACUCCAUGAUGGCUCCAUGGGAUAUGAACCGCUGUAUUUUCCCCCGUGAGGUUAAAAAACAGCAGUCAGGGUGCAUUUGUCUGAUGGCAUGACUUCCAUUCUGUUCUAUAAAGGAAGGAUCACAGCUGUGGAACUUACUGAAUGAUAUUCUGAAGAUCUCAUCUUAUCAAUUAUUGUCCCAUCACUAAUAAGACUAGCAGACUGCAGUCAUAGACUUCCUGGAGUGUAGACCCAGGAACAUCCAGCCAGGCAUAUUCUUUGAUGAAACAUGUAUUUGCCUUCAUUAAAUUCAGCUUUACAUCUUGGAAUUUCUCUCUGUUCCUUUCAAUAUUUGAGAGAUGCUCCUUAUUGUAUAUUCUUGCAAUUCUCUUUCGUCUAGGAAAUUUUUGGAUUUCUGGUCAUUUUCAUUAGGGCUACAAGGUACAGUAGGCUACUGUAUUCUGGUCUGAGCUUUUCUUGUUUUGAACUUUGUCAUGUGUCUGGUCUCAAAGAUCCCUUAGAAAAGUCAAUACAUCAGUUAUUUUUGUUCUUACAUCAAUUUCUUGCUGGUAUGUACUGUACCUUGCAGCUGAGGGAAGCCACCAAUGUGACAACGUAUUGUUCAUCAAUGGUUAAUCUUUAGCAGACUGAUGCUUGAAGAUAACUGUAAAGUGGCUAAUCGGAUAAAAGUUCUAGCAUUCACUAAAAAAAAAAGGCCUCCCCCAUUCUUUUCCGGUGAAGAAGGGUUUGCCCAGGUCUGCAGAGGAGUUUGUUUCUUGCUUAGGCAUAUAUAAACACUUAAUUCAUUGUGGGCUGGUUGUGGUUAUUUUUAAAGUUUCUGUGGCCUGACUCAAGUCUAUUAAUCCAGGCAGAAGACUGGUACCAGCAAUUCCAAAUUGGUUUUGAGAUGCUCCUUCGUUUCAGCAAUUCCAUAGAAGCAUCAAGAAGCCUUCAGUGGCCAGAAAAUUCUAUGCUCCUAGCAUAUUGACUUAAUGAACAUGAAAGUCUGCUCAGAGCAGAACAGGUAACCUGAUUUCAUCACCAAGAGAUCAACAUGUAAGAUUCUCAGCUCUCAAUGGUCUUGGGAGGAGAUAUUUCCCAACCCUGCUACCUGAGAUCAGGUUGGCUGGGAACUGAUCCUGGACUGUCUGCAUGCAAUCAUGUGCUCUAUCACUGAGGUAUGACCCGUGUCCCCUUUCCCGAAUGUGAUAAGAGGUGAUCCUGGGUGAAACUAUUAGAGUGGCUUUAAUUCCAGUUGAUCCUGUGACCAUUACUUUGGCUCAAGAUUACAAUUCAUGAUGUUUUACUAUAAUGCACUAUUACAGGAUAUUCUGAUUUGCAAUCAACUAAAAUACAUAGUUUUCAGAAAUUUGGGGCCCUUUGUUAGUUCAUUUACACUUUAGCCUCCAUGCACUAAUGGUUGUUAAUAUACCACAACAAUGGAAAGAGGGUCUGAUUGCUUAUGUAAAUGUAAGGACAUUGUUUCACAGCCACAUCCAAGCUCAGGAAGGUCUAGCACUUAAUAUACCAUAGCCUGUCAAAUCAAGCCUGAGAAAAUUAAAAGAAAUAGUAAGUGCCAGAUGAAAGCAACAAUAAUGGACUGCUAAGCAAAUCCUUGCCCUUUUCACAACUGUAUAAUAUAUUUGUCUCCUCCCUUCUCUGUCAGGGAAGUUACAGACACCUCCAAGGUUGCUUCCAACUAACAUUCUACUUUUUAAACCCUAGUCAGAUAUUAGGAAGCCAUGGAUGUGUACCCAACUAUAACACUCAUGGGAGUGCACCAGCAAGCUUUCAAGCCAACACAUUCUUAAAGUAGUUCCCCCAGCUCUCACUCAGCACGGCAUAAGUGGAGAGAGUAGAACAUUUUGGUGCAAAGUUGCUGAUGCACUAUACCUGGAUACAGUACCCAUGGUUUCCCAAUACUUGAACAGGGCUGAUGCUGACACAUCUAUCAUUACACCAUUCAACUGAAAAGUUACAAAGAAUAAAAUAAUAUACUCAAGUUCCUUCAGUGGUAUAUACUGGUAACAAUUACAAGAGAAGAAACACGGCUGUGGGGGGAUGAUCACAGUAUUUCAGGAGUUUCACUCCUCUGCAACCAUGUUGUAAAGAUAAAUUUCCUGGCUACAUAGUUCUAUGAUCACUCUGUUCAAGUUGAUCAAAUUAGAAAGGGUAUAUGAGGGGCAUUAGAACCUCCUAAUAUUUAGGUUUUUUUUUAAACAAACAGCUACAAGAUGCUAGAUUCUUGCAAUUUUCAUAGAAAUUGGUGUAAAGCUGUAUAUAUAUUACAUCACAAGCAGCAAAGGCAUGCAAGUAUGAUACUAAUAAGCAGUUGAGAAUGACAGUAAGUACUCAUUCUAUGCCUAAACAGCAAGUCAGUAGUGGCUCAGAGCUUCUAGCUUAAAAUCACUAUGUACUACCCCCAUACACUUUAAAUACCUCUAGCAUUCAUGUAGUUUAGUCCCCCUGACCACUUGUAGCACAAUAUCAUCAAGGCCCAUUCACAUGAUCAGUGCAGGCACAUAGAAGCUGUUGGGAUUCUGAGUAUUCUACACUGGUUUAGUCCCAACCAGCCAUAAUAAAUUCAUCUGCCAUCAGAGGAUUCAGCUUUCAGUAUGUACAUACUCUUAAAAAUUGUGUAUUUUGGCAUGUCAAAAGCUGAAUCCUACACAUAGUAGUAGAUGCGUAAGACAAGCUAACAGAGUCUGUGCAAGAUUUUCCACUGGCUGCUACUGUGGAUCCAACGCAUGUGAAAUCACCCGUUUCCUUCAAAAACUAUGGUCUAUACAUUUGUAGCAACUAUGCAGGUUGUGACAAUUUCCUUCCUCAAAGGAAGUGGGACUUGGGUCCUCAGGAAGGUAAUGUAAGACACAUUAGCAUUGUACAAUUUCUCAGAUGCACAGCUAUCUAACUGCUGUUAAACAGAAAUAAAAACUAGUUUUAAUCUUGAGUUCUGAAGUCCCUUGAUUUUGAGGGCUCAAGCAUGCCUAACUGCAGUGGAUUGCAGCUGGAAAUACCAUUCAACCAAGUAGCAGCAUUUACUCUGUGAAUUCACUGUAUUAAGAGUGAAUUUGACGUACACGGGGGGGGAAUACUGAAACCCUCAAAAACAUGUAUUGCUAGGGGGGAUUUUUUGCAGAUGAACUGAAGUCCCACUGAAAUUAAUGGGAUUUAGGUUACUCAUUAUUAACUUGUGUCACUGAUCUCAAUGGUGCAUAGUCAUGAUGAACUAGUCUGGAUGUUGCCCACUGAAUCCAGUGUGGAGGGAACUUAAAAAGGAUAAUCAUGGCCAACACUUGUAGAACAAAGAUACUUAAGCAAACCCCUCAUAAAAACUUUACAAUAAUAUUGAAUUGCUAUAGCAACUCACAAGUGCUCUGACAACAACGUAUUUCAUUUCAGAAAGCUGAAAGGCAGUAUGUGCCUCUCCCUGUACUGACCACUUUAGCUGACCGUUUGGAAAGAAUGCUGUACAACAUGAAGCCCUAAUUGGCAGUUUACUACAGAAAUCUAUUUUUCAUAAUAGCUUGAUAGUUACAUUACUAGUACAGAUUAAUUCCCAUUUGAAUGAAGUACCUGUCAACAGAAGAUGAGCUAACAAUAUGUAUAAAAUGCCUUACCAAAUUAUACGAAAUUGUCAUUCAAACUGUUUUCAAGUGAACAGCAAGGUAGGCUACUUCAGAGACAUGCGCGUCUCAAGAAAUUUCUGUCUUGAUGCUUUUAUCUGGAAUAAACUGGUGUCCAUUUUCAGUUCAUAUUUACCAAUAAGCUUCAUAUAUUAACUUUUUAAAACCCACAACAGCCAAUAGAAAACUUGUUUUUUGCUUUUUUUUCUCCAUCCGCAAAGCCCUAGAACAGUGAUGUACUUUAAUUUUUCAGAGUCACAGUGCUACAGAACUUCAGUAUAUAAAACAAAAUCCUGGUAGCAAUGCUCAAAUCUAACCAUAGCAGAUUGCAAUGGGAAUUAGAAUUCUAGCACACUGUCUGUUUGAAAACCCCAACAUGUUUUCCUUUCCCUAAAGUUUUUUAAAAGCAUCUAUUACCUUGCUAUUUUUAAAGGGAAAAAAGAGUUAAUGAAAAUACAGUGUAAUCUUGCAUAGUUUUAAGUUUGUAACUAUUAUAUUCUGAUGUAAAAUGAAUAUGAGUCUUAAAACCCAAUACAUACAAUUUCAUUUUCUCCUUUCCUAUAUUAACCAGUCCCUGAUACAUGUUAGGCUUGUGCCAUUAUAACUCUCCCUGAGUGUUAAAAAUAUUUGCUAAGUCUGUUUCAGCCUUUAUUGAAUUAUGGGUUUCCUUGUGCAUUAAAAAGAGGAAUCAUAUGUACAGUGCUAUGUUUCUAUCUAGUGAUGCUGGUCUGGGAAUGCAAUUCCAAAUUUAAACAGAUAUGUAUCCUUUGACAAAUAUUUUUCUAAUAUGUAUGUAGCUCAGUGCAAGCUUAUUUUUACAAUUUCUGCUAUCACUACUGUGUUUCCUCUGGGCUUUCUUGAACUUUGGUGCAGUUACUAUAAUGGUACUGUAGCCAAUUACUACUUUGAGGAACUGAAUGACAAAAAACCCCUCAAAACUCCAACCAGUCCUUGAUUGGUGCUCAAAUUGACCAGUGCCAGUCUUCAAAACAAUACUGAAAUGCCGACCACAUCUCUGUCUAUAAUGGUGCAGGGGUGGUGCUGAUAAAGAUGUUGCAUUUUUCAUCAUUGUAAACAUUCUUUUGUUUGUGGGCAUCUAUAUUCACUUGUUUAAAAUAUACAAAUAAAUUUUAUGAAAUUUUA